AUAUAACAUUAGAAAAUUAAAGAAUGGAAAAGAAACGAUCCCUUUACACGGAGAGGAAACGUAAUGAAAAACAAAAAGCAGAAAAGAAGAUUGCAAGUGGAGAUUCAAGUUCUUCCCACACAGUUGUUCUAGUCAAGGGAAGAGAUGGCAAAUUCGUGAAACAAACAACGAAAAAGCCCGUGUCGCAUAAUUCUUCUGUACCGUCUUCUUGUCUCUCAGAAGCCGAAAAAUUGAAGAAGUUACCGAAGAAAUUACCGAGUGAACCCGACAUGAAAUCAGACGUGAAACUUGAAGGAUGUCUACAUGCUGGAUGGGAAAUUGCGAGCAAGUUGGAGUUCUUGGUCCGGGAUACAGCAGGACGAAAACAAGUUAACAGAAUAGAGUCACACAUAGAAGACUUGGCGGAGAUUUCCAAGUGUGGAUAUCGUGUAGACGUGCUUAACAGUCUAUGUGUUAUUCUGGAUUUCUUGGUUGAAGAAGUUUCUAAGACCCAAAAAUUUAGGGACCAGUUGAUACUACUUCUAGUAAACGCAGACAAACCAAUUCUGUUGACAAGAAGUUCUGAUGUUGGACAAUAUUUUGAAACAGUUCGCCAUUACUUGCUUUACUUGGGGUAUCUCUUAAUUAGACUUGAAGACGACGACCUUUUUGACAUGGUCUUCCGUGCACUGAUCUGGCAGUUAACAGUACCCAAUAGUGCAAGAGCCCACGGCAUGAAACUGGGUUACACUCUAGCGGCAGCAAGUCCGGUACUAUACCAAACUGCAGCCAGAAUGUUGGCUGUGGCGUCUGCGCAUAGAUUCCCUAUGUUCCUCCACUUGGCAUUCAUUUUGGCUUGCAAUUCGAAGGAUAUCUGUGUUGAAAUGAUCAAGGAGAAUAUUUUGGAGAACGUGCUGACUCGUUUCAACCCCUCCUACCCCGAUCCUCUGCCAGAUUUCGAGAACAAAAUUUUUGAUCGUCACGACGCCGACGUGCCCAGAGUUAAGAAAUUUUGUGAAAGUAGUAUUCAUAUGUCUACAACAUUAUCACUGUUACUAGUUUUGCUAAACACUCUAAGUAACUAUCUGGAAGAAAUCCCAAAAAAUAGGAACGUCAUACCGACGCCAAACCCAUAUGCACAAAGAUGUUUGAUAUACGCUUAUCGGUGCGAGUGUCACGCGCGGCGACGUCACGAGUGCGCAGCGCUGACGGUAAUUGCCCAUGUCCUGCUGGACUGUUAUGGCGACCGCCUGAGCGCUUUCUCCAACACACUCAUGCCAGACAUAAUAUCUCUGUCAGUGCUAUCUGAAAUACCGCCCCGUUCGGAUUGGACUCAGACUGUGAAAUUCUAUGGCGUUCAGGCUGACGUGUACUUCAAGAAACUGCUUCUCUACUUCUCUGUGGACCUCCUCAAAGUGUACACUUAUAACGACUAUAUGGUGGAAUCUCGGCACUGGCUCCAAGGACUGGUAAAUGUUCUGGAUCCCAAUCUCAAGUCAUCCCAAGUAUCCUGGCCGACUCUACUCUAUGAGGAGCUGCGUAAAGUCGCGCUUCAAGUACUGAUCUGUGUGCUACCACAUUUGCCACAUAAUCUGACGAAGAACUAUACAAGUAUUGUCACUCAAAGGAUGAUGUGCCAAAUUGAAGAGUAUAAUAAAACUCCUUACGAGAUCUCAAACCUGUAUUGGUGCACCAGGCUUCUUCAAGUCUCCAGUUAUAUGACACAAGAUAAUCCAUCACCAGAAGCGGAUAAACUGUUAGACGAAUCGCUUAUUAGUCUCUGCAAAACGCUGCUAAAACAGAGACAUCCACCUAUGAAGAGAAAUCUCGUCAUCGUGAGCCUAUGUCUGAGAAUCCUCGCCCGUAUAUUCGUCAGUGAAUCUACGGACAAACCGACAGAUCGACUGGAAUCAAUAUAUUCAUUCGCAUUGGCAAUGCUGGACACUAUUUUGGCUUUACUGGAGAACCAUUUUCUGAUUAGUGACAGAUGGCUCAUUUCGACGUUGGCUCUCAUCUGGGAAGCGAUCAAAGUGAGUCCUUCGUAUAGUGACAUGUUUGUGGCCAGCAGCGGGGUCUACAAGCUCUUGGAUAUUGUCACUCUGCGCAAACCCAACGUUCAGUGCGUGUGUCUGGCGAUGCUGUGCGACAUCGCAGUCGACGGUCGUGGUGUCGCGCAACUCACCACGUGGCGAGCGAAGCCGUGCGUCGCUGAUGUGUCCCCUAACCUGGUGCGUAGUGGGGCGACCAUAAUGACUCUUCUCGCGUCUAUAUUCCGAGACGAAUGCUUGGCCACUGGAGUGAAGUUAAGCGUUGACGGAGUCAUCAGAGAUUUACACAAUCCUCUACAGUCUAAUCUAGCAAAAGAGAGUUUGAAAGAGCUUGAAAGAGAAAGAAGAGACCAACACUUUGUUACUGCCGCAGAUUUAUGUGGUUCGCGACUGCCUAAGGUCUACUGUCUCUUACACUUGCUUUCAGAAGAUCUUGAGUUUAAGGUGUCCAUUGCCGACGAGGCGUAUAAACUGUACAAGAAUAUACAUGUUUCACCGCAAGAUGAGGUGAUCCUGGUUCUAUGCUCCCACUACCUGACCCUCAAGUUGAACGAGACUUGGUCGGAGAUGGCGGCACGAUCACCCGAGUUGGUCCCCCAGGAUCAGAAGAUAUUGGAAGAGUUCUUACAGUUGAAUGGAGCAUGGGGCAAGGAAAUUAGAAAUCAACAGAACAAAGUUCUACAGAGGGACCAAGAAAAUGCAUCAAAAGAAGAAGCAUCUCUAUACAGCUUCCUACGCCGAGUGCGUUUACAUGACGCGUUGGACGCAGUGCUUGAGGCUCGGUGUAUAGCUCGAACGUCUGAUCAAACUUGCCUCACGUACGCAAUGAUACAGAAAACAGUACACGCGCUUGUAAGAACCAGUGUCGCUGAAGCGGAGAUGAGAGAUAAAGUUAUAAGAACUUAUACACCGCCUUUGGAUGAACGAAACAUGAAUGGCCACUACGUUCGAGUCCAGACUACGGAUUGUAUUUGCGAGUUGUGUAGAUGCAAAAAGGAAAAAAAGAAAUAA